UAGAUCAUGCCAAACUUUUGGCAAAAGCAUCAGCCAAUGGAGGCACUGAUUUAGGAGUGAUCUCUCCAUUAAACUGCCAAAGAUAUCUAAUCCCUUGAAGAGAGUUACCUCUAAGAUGAUCUGAGAUGCUAGGGAAUCUAUUCCUAACUUGUAGACCUUGACGAAGUAGUAUGCAGCUUACACAAUAUCCUCAACUUAUCAAAUCUACAAUAGAAGUACAAUGAAAAUGUAUGAUGACCAAUCAAUGGUGAAUGAAAAUGAAUUGGAUGAAGCUCCCAAGUGGGCACUAUGUCUCUCUCCUGCAACUGUUGCCAUUUGUGUUGGGGAGGAAAAGGCUGGUAUAACAGAGAAAAAUAAUGCCUCUGAAUCAGUGUCUGAAGCAACCUCUGCGGAGACACAAUCAGGACAAAGAAGAGCAACCUCAACACCCGGAGCUGGGAUUGCAAAUCCCUUUGAUUUCUCAGCCAUGGCUGGUCUACUUAAUGAUCCAAGCAUUAAGGAGUUAGCAGAACAGAUAGCAAAAGAUCCUUCAUUUAACCAGAUGGCAGAGCAGCUCCAGAAGACUUUUCAUGGUGCUUCAGCUGAAGAGGCUAUCCCUCAGUUUGAUACGCAACAGUAUUAUUCCACCAUGCAACAGGUUAUGCAAAAUCCUCAAUUCAUGACCAUGGCUGAGCGUCUCGGUAAUGCGUUAAUGACGGAGCCAUCCAUGGCCCAAAUGCUUGAAAAUUUCGCUCAUACGGCAAGUAAAGACCAGAUUGAAGAACGUAUGGCACGCAUUAAAGAAGAUCCAGCUUUGAAACCUAUCUUGGCUGAGAUAGAGACCGGAGGUCCAGCUGCAAUGAUGAGGUACUGGAAUGAUAAAGAUGUUCUGCAGAAGUUGGGUGAAGCAAUGGGUCUUGCUGCUGCAGGAGAUGCUGCCGCUUCUGCUGAAAAUUCUGUGCCUGAUGAGACAGAUGAGGGGAAUGAUGAUGAAUCCAUUGUUCAUAAUACUGCUAGUGUGGGCGAUGUCGAGGGAUUGAAGAACGCACUAGGCUCUGGUGCUAAUAAAGAUGAGGAAGAUUCAGAGGGAAGGACAGGAUUGCAUUUUGCAUGUGGAUAUGGUGAGGUCAAGUGCGCCCAGGUCCUUCUUGAGGCUGGGGCACGGGUGGAUGCUUUGGAUAAGAACAAGAACACCGCCCUUCAUUAUGCAGCUGGUUAUGGAAGGAAAGAGUGUGUAGCACUUCUGCUGGAGAAUGGCGCUGCUGUCACUCUGCAGAACAUGGACGGGAAGACACCCAUCGAUGUUGCAAAAUUAAACAACCAACACGAUGUGCUGAAGCUGCUGGAAAAAGACGCAUUUCUAUAA